UGGGCGGUGUUCGGGUCACUUUUGGAACAUAGGGCUUAUUUCCGAUCCAUUACCUUUUCGAGCUGUUUAGAUUUGGGGAUGCUGAGGCAUAGAGUUGGUGACGCUGAGCAGAGGUGAGAGGGAAAUGGAGAGAAGUGUUUUAGAGGAAGUAUGUUCCAACAGGAAGACCCCUGGGAGCAGAGAGAGGUGGCAGGCCAGAAGGCGUGCCAGAGUGACUGUGUCUGGACUGAGGUCUGUGCAGGUGGAGAACGAGGGGACCCAGCGUCAUGGGGUGAGAACCAUCUUGCCUGGGGGCAGCAGAGCACCGAGAUGCAGAGAGAGGGCAGCUCUGCUAGGGGCCGUCAAGCGAGAGGAGACAUCUCCGCGGCCCGGGCCGGCUGUUCCCCACGAGGAGGACAUCUACUUGGCCGGCAGGCCUCGGGCGAUGUUGAGCUGGAGCAGCUCUCCGUCCUCCCAGUCCUCCUCCGAGUACCAGUCCUACUCCCAGUACCAGUCUUGCUACUCGUGCACGUACGAGGAGGACGCCGCCCAACAGAGCCUGUGCGCCCUCUACACGCACGUGCAGACCGUGCAGGGCGUGGCCGUGGCCUGGGAGACCGAGACCGGCUUCGAGCCGGUCAGCAGGAAGCCGCGCAUUCACGAAGCCGAGUUCAUCAAGAGGCAGAGGCGGAAAGGCUCCUCCUUCGAGAUGGCUUCCAACACCGACCUGCGCUGGGAGCUGGAAGCCAGCAAGAACAACUGCUGCCCCGAGCUGGACGACGCGGAGCUGCUGGCGCCCCUCGAGUGCUGCGUGCAGGAGCUGCGGGACACCCCCGACUGGCUGGUCACCACGAACUACGGGCUGCGCUGCGUGGCCUGCUGUCGGGUUUUCCCCACGUUGGAGGCUCUGCUCAAGCACGCCCAGUACGGCAUCCAAGAGGGCUUCAGCUGCCAGAUCUUUUUCGAGGAGAUGCUGGAGAGAAGGCGGGCCCGGGGCCAGGUCCAGGAGCAACAGCUGGAGGAGGAGGCACAGAGCCCUUCGGAAGGCAGUGAACGUUCGAGGCGGCAUGCCAGGGUGCUUUCCUCGCAGCAGCAGAAGCAGUGAGCUGGAGGUGAUGGGCCCAGCCCUGCCCUCACCUCCGGCACCUCGGUUGCUCCUUCCCCGGCCAGCAGGACCAGAACUACAGGGGCCGGGGGAAGAAAGCCAGCAGGAGCUAGAGCUGGGAGGGCCAUGACAAGCGAAAGGGAAGAACCCUUCCAAAGAGCACAGCAUUUCAACCAGAGGCCAUUUCAAAGCUGAAUCCAGAGGAGGGCUUCAAGUGUUUCUGACCAUGGGCACGAGAUCCGAAGCCCUCAAGCCUGUGGCCACAGGGAUUUCUAUUUUUGCUGGCAGAUCAAGCAGGUCAUGACUCAAAGGAGAGCCAACUGCAAAUGAAACGACAGCCUUAUAUUUUUCAUUGUUAGCAACCCGCCAUAUGCCCUAGUUCUAUGUCUUAUUUUAGUGGGAUUAAACUUGAGUAACUCAAAAUUUAAGGCCAUGUCUAAAGGAGUGAACCAUGCUAUUAGGUUGGAGCCA